UUCUUCUACGGCUUCACUGUCUGGCUCCUCCCACUCAACCGUAUAUGGUUCGGUCAUGGAGAGAGUUCUUGACCCGGUUGCCAACUUCUAGUAACUGCUACUACUGUGUGGCGCUUAGAAAACGAACAGUCCAAGGAGAGGGGCUGUGCUGGGCCGCUUUGCUCAGUUCCCCCAAUCACAAGGCUCCACCGGCCCGGCCUGCCGUCACCGUUGGACUCCCUGGUGAAUGAUUAAUCGGCCCGAGGCUCGAAAAAAGCCCACCGUGGCAACCGCUGAACAAAACAGCAGGCCGCAGGACGGAGCGGUCAGACGGAGGGGAGAGGAAGGCAACGGAGGAAGGAACGAAAGGAUUAGACUGGAGCAACCCGAGGAGAAAGAGGGAAACCCGUUUGCCUCCGUCUUGCCUUGGGCCACGAGGACCUGUGGAUUAAACCUGCCGGACCCAGCAUAUUCCACAUUGCAAUCCUCCACCCUCCAUAUUGCUGCCGUGACAGAGUGACAUGAAUGGGGGCUAGUGGUGCACUUUGAACCUCGAGGUUGACCUUUAACCCCAUCAUUGAUUUCAGCAGUGUUCCUCGUGUUCCCAGCUCCUGUGUUUGAGGCGAAGUUCACAGCCCGUUCACUACAUGUGCGUUACUGCUGUUCUGUUUGGAGAGAGGGAGGAGAGGGCUUCUUCUUUUCGUUUGUUUGCUGUUCUUUAACUCCGAAGAGCGUUGUUAGUUAGCUCUUUGUUUUAAUUUCGUACAGUUGUAGCGCAUUUUGGACUGACCACAGAAGCCAUGGUAGCGAGCGGAUAUGGGUACUACCGUACCAGCAUUUUCCUGGCCAUGUUUGUGGGCUACACGCUCUACUACUUUAACAGAAAGACCUUCUCCUUCGUGAUGCCCUCUGUAAUGCAGGAGAUCAAGCUGGAUAAAGAUGACCUUGGCCUGAUCACCAGCAGCCAGUCGCUGGCCUACGCCAUCAGCAAGUUCAUCAGCGGCGUGCUCUCGGACCAGAUCAGCGCCCGCUGGCUCUUCUCCAUCGGCCUCUUCUCGGUCGGCUGCAUCAACGUGGUCUUCUCCUGGUCUUCCACGGUCACCGUCUUCGCGGGGCUCUGGUUCCUCAACGGACUGGGGCAGGGGCUGGGCUGGCCCCCGUGUGGAAAGGUGCUGCGCAAGUGGUUUGAACCAUCUCAGUUUGGGACAUGGUGGGCGGUGCUGUCCUGCAGCAUGAACCUUGCUGGGGGGCUGGGCCCCAUCAUCGCCACGGUGAUGGCGCAGAGCUACAGCUGGAGAACCACCCUGUCCAUCUCUGGCUGCACCUGUGUGGGCGUGGCCUUCUUCUGUCUGCUGCUCAUCAAGAACGAGCCCAGCGACGUGGGUCUGCCCAACAUCGAACCCGGGGGCAAGAAGGGCAAAGGAGGUGCUUCUGCUGAUGAGGGCACCCUGAAGGAGUUCCUCCUGUCCCCUUACCUGUGGGUCCUGUCGCUGAGCUACUUGGUGGUGUUUGGUGUGAAGACUGCCUGCACUGACUGGGGACAGCUCUUCCUUAUUCAGGACAAGGGCCAGACCACACUCAUGGGCAGCUCCUACAUGAGCGCACUGGAGAUUGGCGGGUUGGUGGGCAGCAUCGUGGCGGGAUACCUGUCAGACAGGGCUGUGGCUCGGCAAGGCCUCCGUAGCCAUGGAAACCCCCGCCACGGUCUGCUGCUGUCCAUGAUGGCCGGAAUGUUCGUGUCCAUGUAUCUCUUCCGGGUCACUGUCACCCCUGACAGCUCCAAGAUUUGGAUUCUCUCAUUAGGGGCUGUUUUUGGCUUCUCUUCAUAUGGACCAAUCGCCUUGUUCGGGGUGAUAGCCAAUGAAAGCGCCCCUUCAAAGUACUGUGGAACAUCGCACGCCAUUGUAGCUCUAAUGGCUAAUGUCGGAGGGUUCCUGUCUGGACUCCCGUUCAGCACCAUCGCCAAGCACUACAGCUGGGACGUGGCCUUCUGGGUCGCCGAAGUGACCUGCGCCCUGACGACCGUCGUCUUCUUCCUCCUGCGCAACAUCCGCACCAAGAUGGGCCGUGUGCCCAAGAAAUCCGACUGAGCACCGCGUCACUCGAUCCUCAGUGACCAACGAGGAGAGUUUUGCCGUGACAUCACUCAGAAUUUUGAAAGGGAAAUUGCAGAAGUGUUCCCCAUUACAUUUUUUUUCUUACUAGUCCCGAGACUUGCUUCAAGAUGUCUUAUGUCCUAAAAAUAGUUUAAGAAUAUUUUGAUUGGUAUAAAAAAUGUUUUCUUGUAUUAACAAGAGAACCAGUUGCUAUUUUUUUUUUUGAUCUUAUGUUCUUACUAGAAAUCCUGAAAUGAGAAUUUGUUUUCUUUAUGAAGAUAUCUCGAUUUGCAAUGUACCACCAAUCCAGUGGCAUUAAUGUCAAAAGCGUUUUAGCAUUAUUUAUUGAUGAAAAUGAGUAUUUUAAAGGUACAGUAUGAUAGCAAUAAUGAUACCACAUUUGGACCUCAUUUUUCACCAUGAAGUUGCUACCAAAAUAACUAUCAGCAUUUAAAUGUUCCUCAUACAUCUCUUAGCUCCUUCUGCAUCACUUUACCUGAAAGCACCUUUCAAAUGCUUAUGGUUAAUUAUGAAAUAAUCUGAAUAAUUCAUCCUUCCUCGUACCUCAACCUCGCAUCCUCUGUUGGGUGGAGCUUAGGAGCAAGGAAAGGACGCGAGGAAGAGAUGUAAGGAGUGAAAAUGAGCGACUUGAAUGGACCCUUGCUCUAAGUUCAUGCUGCCUGCAGACUUGAGGAGCCGCAGAUGGGGGAGGUCUUUGUGCAUCGGUGGGACUAGUGGCCUUUGUGCACUAGUGCUGCACACCACAGGCUCUGCCUCCAGUGGAGGCCAAACGCUGCAUGUCAUCUCCUUCUAGAAUGUUCCAUAGAUUGCUCAGGGUUUAUGUGCAUACAUUCCUGUGAGGGACUGGAUGCUUGUCCUCUGCAGUAGCAGAAGGCAGUGGACACAAUCCAUGCAAUCCUUCCUGUGCCUUUACUGCAGUGCAGAUACAGAACCAUACUGUCUCCAAUUUGGCCAGCAACAGCUAAGCUCUUAUGCAGUGCAAACGUAUUUUAACGAAAAACAAGUGUAUUGGUGUCCAGUUUAGAAGACAGUCACAAUGGCAGUGACAUUUAAUUCAGAAGUAGACCGUAGGUAUGUUUCCAUUAGAAUACCACAGCAUAUUUAUCAUGGAAUGCCUAAAACAAUCAGUUUGUGCGCACACGUGCAUGGAAGUUGCAAAAAAAAAAAAAAAUGGCAAAUUGACAUUUUCUGUUUAUGGAA